AUGAAGUUCACCGAGGGCAUGUGGCGGACGCGAUCCGGGGUAUCUUUCAACUGGAUGGGCAACGUGGAGCGGCUUCACGAUAACAACGACGACAACGCCGUCGACCUGCUGCUCACGAAACCACAGAAAAGCCGGGGCGACACGCUCAACGUCGGCACUGUCUCUGCUCGGAUUCGCACUCCGCUCGAAGGAGUCAUCGCCGCAAACUUCACGCAUUGGAGCGGCGAGGAGGAUCGAGGCCCCUAUUUCCCUCUGUUCGAGUCGUCGCCAACCCCGAAGAUUCACAAUAACCCAGGGCAAUCGCUGGACUACACGAGCGGACCGCUAGACUUGUCGAUCAACACGACCCCCAAUGAGCUGGCAUUCACGUACUCGUGCAACUCCAAGAGACUCACGGGCCACUCGUUUCGCUCCAUCGGCGUGGUGUCGUGCUCGGAUACCCCGGGGUACCGAAUCUCCGAGGGCAUGUACGCUCAGCAGGACAACUACAUGCUGCUGGAACUCGACCUCUCGGUGCACGAGAAGAUCUACGGGCUCGGGGAGCGGUUCGGCCCGUUUGUCAAGAACGGGCAGAGUAUCGACGUGUGGAACGAGGACGGCGGCACCAGCUCCGAGCUGUGCUACAAGAACAUCCCCUUCUACCUGUCCAGUCGCGGCUAUGGCGUCUUCAUCAACAACCCGGCCAAAGUCAUGCUGGAGAUCCAGUCGGAGCGCACCACUCGUGUCAACAUCGCCGUCAAGGGUGAGAGCCUCGAGUAUAUGGUCAUCGCAGGCCCGUCGCCCAAGGAGGUUCUGGACCGCUACACUGCCUUAACGGGCCGUCCGGGCUUGCCUCCCGCCUGGUCGUACGGGCUCUGGCUCACGACGUCGUUCACGACUUCGUACGACGAGCAGACAGUCACCUCGUUCCUCGAGGGCUUCAAGGAGCGGGAUAUCCCACUGAAAGUCUUUCAUUUUGACUGUUUCUGGAUGAAAUCCUUCCAAUGGUGCGACUUCCAGUUCGACGACGACAACUUCCCAGACGCAACGGGCUACCUGCGGCGCCUGAAGGAGCGCGGGAUGAAGGUCUGCGUGUGGAUCAACCCGUACAUUGCGCAGGCGUCACCCUUAUUCCUCGAGGGCAAGAAGAACGGCUACUUCGUCAUGCGCGCCGACACGCCGCGGCCGACCGUCUGGCAAUGGGACAACUGGCAAGCGGGCAUGGCCGUGGUGGACUUUACGAACCCGGCGGCGCGGGAGUGGUACGCGUCGCACCUGCGGCGGUUGAUGGACAUGGGAGUGGACAGCUUCAAGACGGACUUUGGCGAGCGGAUCCCGUACCUGCCGCACCAGGUGCGGUACCACGACGGCAGCGACAGCGUGAGGAUGCACAACUUCUACGCCUACCUAUACAACCGCGUCGUGUGGGAGGCCAUGUCUGGCAAAGGCAAGGCGCCGUGUCUGUUUGCGCGCUCGGCCACCGCCGGCGCGCAGCAGUUCCCCGUGCACUGGGGCGGCGACUGCGAGAGCACGUUCGAGGCCAUGGCCGAGACGCUGCGGGGUGGGCUGUCGCUGGCACUCUCGGGCUUUGGGCUCUGGGCCCACGACAUCGGCGGCUUCGAGGGUCUGCCAGACCCGGCCCUGUACAAGCGCUGGGUCCAGUUCGGGCUGUUGGGCAGCCACUCGCGCCUGCACGGCAGCUCGAGCUACCGCGUGCCGUGGAUCUACGACGGGGACAAAUACUCGGGCGAAGACGAGGCGUGCAGCCGCGUGCUAAAGGAUAGCGUCGAGCGCAAGCUGGCCCUGACACCGUACCUGCUGCUCACGGCGCUCGAGGCCCAUCUCCACGGAACGCCCGUCAUGCGCGCCAUGCUGCUCGAGUUCGGCGACGUCGACAACAACACGUGGACACUGGACACGCAGUACAUGCUCGGCAGCGAGCUGCUGGUCGCGCCGGUGUUCGACAAGAGCGGCGAAGUCACCUUUUACGUCCCCUUUUCGAGUCGCACAGAUCCCGGCGGCGCAUCACAAAAAGCCAAGUGGAGGAGUUUCUUCGACCACACCAAAACAUACGAAGAGGGAAGAUGGUAUACCGAGACCCAUGGAUUCGACACGUUGCCUCUCCUCGUCAGACCCGGGGGUGUUGUGCCGUUCAACCCGAGCUUGAAGGCGCCGGACGGAGACAUCAUCAAGGGUCUGCAGGUCCUGGUCAACGGGCCCCUGGAUGGCGAGAAAGUGGUCGAGCUCGUCGAAGCCGGCGAUGUGGCUAGGGUGGCCAAGACGUUUACCGUCGACGAAGGCUUGAUUGUUAAGGGGGUUCAAGGCAUCCAGGUUGUGGAUCUGGCUAAAUAA